GUUAUGUAUUCAUGCGCCGUAGAGGACCGUCACAUAAACAUCGCAACAGCUAGUAAAACUGUCCAGCUUCGUCUUUAUUAAGGAUCUCCUUUUCUAAGUGACGUCUCCGUACACUACAGUGUUUGACACCGAGCCGCGAUGAAGUUCCAGUAUAAAGAAGAGCAUCCGUUUGAGAAGAGGCGAUCAGAGGGAGAGAAAAUCAGGAAGAAAUACCCAGACAGGGUUCCUGUAAUUGUUGAAAAAGCUCCCAAAGCCAGAAUAGGAGACCUGGAUAAGAAGAAAUAUCUGGUCCCCUCAGAUCUCACAGUUGGCCAGUUCUAUUUUCUCAUCCGAAAACGAAUUCACCUAAGGGCUGAAGAUGCUCUAUUCUUCUUUGUAAACAAUGUCAUUCCUCCUACCUCUGCAACUAUGGGCCUGUUAUACCAGGAGCAUCAUGAAGAGGAUUUUUUCCUCUACAUUGCCUACAGUGAUGAAAGUGUUUAUGGAGAAUAGAACCAAAUGGAAAAAUCACUUCCCACCUCCUUUUCCUUCCUUUUACAAGAGUAUAUAAACCCAUAUCAGCAGCCUAGAGUUCAGAGCUUCUGACAUCAAAUGCACUUUUACUCUUAUGUUUCUUUUUAUUUCCACUAAUGUUUUUCCUUCAUUCUAGGGUUUGCAGUAGUUUUGGUGUUUGGCAAAUGAAGUUUUUUUCUUUCUUUCUUUAUACAAUCUUUAUUUUUUAAUAUUUGUUUUAUAACUGGCCCCAAGCUGAUGCUGAUGUUUUGUUUCACCACUUAGCAGCAGUAGACUAUCGAAUGGAGCUUACGUGAAAAAGAAAAGAGUUUGUUUAGAUUCUGAAAUUGAUCUUCGUUUCACCAAAACUAGUGAAUCGUUCUCCCAUAGCUUUACAUAUAUGUUUUGGGGCAUUGCGCAUUUAAGUGCUGCUGACGAGCCGGUUGUUAAAACCAAAUUAAGAGUGAACACUUUCUUUCUCCAAUUAUGUUGGUCAAUCAAUUCUUUCCAUACAAUAUGAAUAUUUAAUGAGAGUUAUUGUACCUGGUUCAUUCUAUGUCAUUUGAUUUAAGAUUGUAUAUCUUAGUUGAUUUAUUUAGGAAGGUUUCUUCUUUAUUUUUUUCCUUUUUGUUUUUGAACUCGGUAUUCAGCUGCAUUUCUGAUACCCUUAAAUUGAGGUGACAAAAUAAAAUAAACAUAGAUGAACUAUUA